CGUUACGCAGCGUCAUAAUACGGAGCUUAUUGUUCGCUCCCCUCUCCUUACAUCAGAGUGGACCGACCCGCUGGAGCAACAGGAAAACAGCUUCCUCUCCUCCUCCUCCUCUUCCUCCUGGGGUCACAGCAGCUUGGGCUUUAAAGGCAGCCUGCACCUCCUCUUCCUCCUCCACCCAGCAUCCUCCCCCCCACCUCCUCCUUCUACCUUGGAGCGUCUCUUUUCUCUCCUGGAUGUUUUCUCUCCGGUGUUGUUUGGAGCUGCUUUAAACCAAACAGGAGGAGGUUUUCUACCAGCCAUGCAGAAGGUGGAGGGACGGGUAACCCCGGUCAACCUGCCAUCCUCCAGGGGCCCCAGCGCCCCAGGGUCUCCAGCUUCUGGCAUCAUGGCCCGUUUGAAUGACCAGGUUGUGGGUUACAAAGACCUGGCAGCGCUGCCUAGAGAUAAAGCCAUCCUGCAGGUGGAGAGACCCGAUCUGAUGACCUACCAACCACACCUGAGCUUCUCGCCUCUUGACCCGCCUCGCAGAGAGCGCUCACUGUCUCCUACGCCCACGUCUCCCACCAUGUCUCCUGAGGUAAAAAGUCGUAAAGCAGAGAGUGAGAGUGGAUCACCUGGAGGGUCUACGCUGCAGCUACAGCCUGGACGCAAGAUCAGCGCCAGCCUGCAGCAUUUCCACCGACCAGAUAACGGCUCCAACAUCUACAGGAAGCCUCCCAUCUACAAACAGGACAUCCACAAACAUGCAGAAGGCAGCGGGGUGAUUCAGUCUGCCAAGUUUCCAGCAGCUCAGCCUCCGGACCCCAACCAACCGUCCAAGAUUGAGACAGAGUACUGGCCCUGCCCCCCCUCGCUGGCGGCCAUGGAGAUCGAGUGGAGGAAGAAGAAGCUGCCAGAGGAAGACGAGUUUGAAGACCUGACAGAAGAAGCCAAGACGUUGCAGGAGCAGGAGCUGGAGAAGAUAAAGUCCAACCUAGGCCGUAUGAUCCUGAAGGAGGAGAAGGAGAAAGGCGUUCACUUCCGGAGGAAGACGCAGUCGCUGCCCGACAGAACACAUAUGAACAGCAGUUUGUCAGCAGGUGAAUCAAAGUCUCCUUCACGCUCCGGCCUGACCAGAAUGCAGUCAGCAGAGUUUUCCACAGAUGGAGAUAAAGGACAACCAGCUGCUCAGAACGGAGAGGCUCGGAGGGAGCGCAUGGACAGAGGAAACUCUCUGCCGAGCAUCCUGGAGCAGAAGAUCUAUCCAUAUCAAGCACUGAUUGUAACCCACAGGGGGCGCUCCAAGCUGCCUCCAGGAGUUGACCGCACUCGGCUGGAGAGGCACCUCACUCCAGAGGAGUUCCAGCAGGUGUUUGGGAUGCCCAUGGCCGAGUUUGACCGCCUGUCGUUAUGGAGACGAAACGAGCUGAAGAAGAAAGCUUUGCUUUUCUAACAGGAAGUGAUCUCACUCCGAACAAAUACUUGAGGAAUCUCCUGCUUUGAAAGGAGGAGGAGAAACAGGCCAUAAAUUCAAAUAUCCAAUCAGCAAACACGCAGAGCGAUUCAUCUUCAUCCUACUAACCAGUCAUGUCCCACCGAUGAGCGACGAGCCCCUCGUGGAUCAGGGUGUUUGAUGAUGGCUGGUUCUGAUCCACUCAGUCUAACCUUAACUGAUGCACUGACAUAUUACCUGUGCUGCACUUAUAGCAACCACUGCUUGCAAUUCAUCACUAUUAUAUAUCUGCUCACCUCCCCCAACAUUAUCUCCAUCAUCAUCAUCCUCCAUCUGUUGGUCCUACAGAGGUCGACAUCUUAGUUUUCUGGUAUCAUGAAACUGAUUCACCUGACCCAGGCUCGUUGCCUUGGCGACAAGGGUAUGAUUAGUCUCUGAAGCAUCUCCAGAAGAAAUCUAACAUCUUCUGCAGCCGUUUCCACCCAAUUUUACCCCAAAAAAACAUCCCAGAACCAUUAAUCCUGGCUAAAAAAAACAAAAAAACUCACUUUUUGCACAUAUUACUGUCUCAUAAGAAAUCUAAACUUUUUAAAUGUAACUUUUCCGCAUAUGAACGUGUAAUAAGUUAAUAGCUAUACGAUACAGACUUUUAGUUAAUUUUAGUUGCUUUCACACGAGGUGUUUUCAGAUAUGACAUUUUCAUGCCAAAAAAAGAAAUAAGAAGUCUGGGAAAUUAACUUAAAAACACUGUUAGAGGUGAUCAGCUCACAAAUUGGACUAAUGUAGAAGAAACAGCAACCUGAGGAGGGAAAAGCGACUUGCUAUAUUUGGUAAAGCAGAGGGCGCUCUAAGAUUACGUUACAAACCCGAGGAUGUCGUCCGAGACGCCGCCUGUGUUAUUGCUGCAAGCAGCUUUGUGAUACCAGCUCAGAUCUCUCUUCAGGAAGCCACCCUGACACAUCUCUGCUCUCUGACUUGAAUGACAGCUGACUGACUAGACAGAAGACUCGCCAGCAGCUGUCCGUGUUUUAAUUUAUUAUAUCCAGCUUUUAUUUAUUGUGUUUUCACUGUGAGAUGUUUUAGUCUUUUUAAUGAGCACCUAUGAUGUUUGUCCUCACCUGAAGUUUUAAAAGAGCAGUCUGUAUCACCUGCACAGGUGGAGGACGUAUCUCCAUUUAUUCACCACUUAAUCCUCCGUUUCUGUUGUACGACUCAAAUAAAUCUGGUAAACAAGAA